AUGGUGGACAACAAAGAAGAGGACAAGGAUUUCUUCAUGACAUACCGAGUGGGGGUCAAGACACCAGCCUUCAACGCAGAUGAUCCACAAUUAUGGUUCGCGCAGCUUGAGGGCCAGUUCGUUCUCUCCAACAUUACUACAGACAACACGAAGUUUUAUUACGUGCUGGCGCAGCUCGAGCCACAACAUUCAGCUCAAGAAAGGAAGAUUAAGCAGCUACUCAUGCAUGAGGAGUUAGGAGACAGGAAACCCACCCAAUUUCUCCGCCACCUGCAGCAACUGGCUGGACCCACUGUCCCGACCGACUUCAUCAGAUCAAUUUGGUGCAGUAGGUUGCCGGCGAACCUCCAAACUAUAGUCACGAUGCAAGCAAACUCCAGCCUAGAAGAAGUAGCAGAAUUAGUAGACCGCAUCAAUGACAUCGUUCCAGUAACCGCGCAAGUAGCUGCUACUAGCAUGCCAGUGCCUGGGCAAGUAGCUAGCUCACAGCCCGCAACGAGCCAACAAAGCAGCGCUAUCGAAGCGUUGACACAAACAGUGGCUGAGCUAUCACGAAAACUUGAGGUUAUGAGCUCGCAGUUACGUCACCGAUCUUCCCGUUCCCGUUCUGGAGGAAGGUUUAACCAGAACCGCCACCGAUCACAAUCCCGCACGAGAGACAACCGGUACUGUUACUACCACAGCCGAUUUGGCGACAAAGCCCGCAGAUGUACAGAACCAUGUGCCUAUAAUAAGAAGGCGUUAAACCACCAAGGCAGCCACUAA